AUGGCGCCACCCGUGUCUCGCGCACCGGUGAUGCAGGACUUCCUUGCACAAGGAAUAAUCCACCACCACCGCGCAGUGAAAGUCCUCAUUGGUGAACACGAUCGGGUAGUCGACGUCCCAGUAUUGCACAUGCGGAAGGUCGCGAACGCAGUUGUGAAGAGUGCUUUCCAGUCCAGCGAAAUCUUGCUCGUCUCCGCGCACAGGACGACACUCGGAAUAGGCAGGUCCAAGAAGUAUGUAUUAUUGGUAUCUGCUCCGAUACGCGCGACUACAUAG